UGUUGUAACAAUGGUGUGGCAGCACUUUGAUCAACAGAAACAGCAAGAUAUUGCCAUCCUGAGACAUCAAGCACCCAAGCUAAUAGUUUUUUUUGUUGUUGUUGCGGUUCUGCGCGAUGCUGGCAGACGUGAAGACUUUGUCUCUUCCGUCACCAUGGCCAGCCUUGUGAUUAACGAAACUGGAGUGGAGGAUUGCGGGAUCGACGACUCCUUCAAGUACAACUUGUACUCCACGGUUUACAGCGUGGUCUUCGUUUCGGGCCUGAUGACCAACUGCGCCGCCCUCUUCGUCUUCUGCUUCCGGAUGAAGAUACGCAACGAGACCACAAUGUUCAUGACCAACCUAGCCUUUUCAGACUUGGUCUUCGUCUUCACGCUGCCGUUCAAGGUCUUCUACAACGUCAACCGCAACUGGCCCUUCGGAGACGGGCUCUGCAAGGUGUCAGGGACGGCCUUCAUCACCAACAUCUACGGCAGCAUGCUCUUCCUCACCUGCAUCAGCGUGGACCGCUUCCUGGCAAUAGUCUACCCGUUUCGAUCGCGCUCCAUCCGCACUAGGAGGAACGCAGCGCUGGUGUGCGCCGCCGUGUGGCUCACCAUCGUGGGCGGAGGAAUAUCGGUGACCUUCUUCUCCACCAUCAACAGCAGACACAGAGCCACCACAUGCUUUGAAGGAUUUUCCAAGAACACCUGGAAGACCUACCUCUCCAAAAUCACCAUCUUCAUAGAGAUCGUGGGUUUUCUCUUCCCCCUCCUGGCCAACCUGGUGUGCUCCUCCCUGGUUCUCCGGACGCUGCGCCGCCCGGUCAGCGCCGGCCACGGCUGUGACAGCAAGAAGCGCGUCCUGCGGAUGAUCGUGGUCCAUCUCACCAUUUUCAUCAUUUGCUUCGUCCCGUACAACUUCCUGCUCUUCCUGUACGCCCUGGUGCGGACCCAGGCCCUGGCUAACUGCACCGUGGAGCGGUUCGCGCGGACCCUGUACCCCAUCACCCUGUGUCUGGCCAGCCUCAACUGCUGCCUGGACCCCGUGGUUUACUACUUCACCUCAGAGAGCUUCAAGAAGAGCCUGACCAUUGGUGGCAAGGGGUCCGGCUCGCGGCCCGAGAGCGUCCCCCGCAGCGACAACGAGGCCCAGGACACGGCCGUCCCCAGAGACACUCAAUCCGUGUCCAGCAACGGGAAAGACGUCACGAUAUCCGACAGCCAGCUAUGACUCGCCGCUGGCAGGGGUGAAAACGGGUCGCGGGCGGGUUCUGGAGGAACCCUGAACUUGAACAACAAUCAGCUGUUUAAUUGUGGAAGUGGAAAACAAAUAGCUCAGCAGAUUAGCUAAGACCAGAGGUAAGUCCUGAGGUUUGGCCUGGGCUUUGUGGAUUAAUCCAGCACUGGAGAACAGAGGAAUGUAUCUAUGUUUGUUAUAACACACACACACACACACACACACAGGCAGAGGGGUGGCAGAUCCACGCCGGGGCCGCCAUGACAGAGACAAGGAGCUGCUCAAACAGACUCACAAACACACAUGCUGACACUGAGCUGUCCAUAAGAUGGAUUCUUAUUCACUUUGUUGAUACGAGCUGUUUAGUGCUUUUGUAACAAAAUCUUUAUUUUUUAGAAAGUUUGAGCUCUGACAGUGCGUUACAUCAUGGAUGUAGUGACACUGAUCAGUUCAGCGGGGGGUCGGGGCCGCGCUCAGAAACUAAAAACAAAACUAAAGUCACAAAAUUACGAGAAUACAAAAACAAAGUCAUGGUAUUAACAAGAUAACAAGAUAAUUUUAGGAGAAGAAAGUUGUACAAGAAUAACGUUGCAAUAAUACUAGAAUAAAUAUUUGAGAAGAAAGUUGUCAUAUGUUUGAAAAUAGACAUAAUGUUGACUUUAUUAUCAAAUCAUGACUUUAUUUUCAGAAUAAAGUCAUGAUUUUAUUACUUUAUUCUUGUGUCUUUAUUCUCAAAAAAUUACAACUGUAUUCUCGUGUUAUUUCGACUUUAUCCUCGUGAUGUUGUGGCUUUAUUUUUGUCAUUUUAUUACAUUUUUUCUUAGCAUGGCCCUAUCACUCCGUCGUAGUUCAGUGUGGUCAGAUCUGGUGUUACUAUAUAAAGCAGUAUUAUGUUGACCUGCUGAAUUAAAUGUGUCAUGUUGAA